AUGGGUAAGUAUCGCGCUUCUCGAUGCAUGGCUGCAGCCGCUGGCUGAACACAAACCCGCUGACCAUCCCCAUCAGCGCCAAAGUUCGACCCCAACGAGGAGAAGGUCAUUCACCUCCGUGCCACCGGAGGUGAAGUCGGUGCUUCCUCCGCCCUCGCCCCCAAGAUCGGUCCUCUUGGUCUCUCCCCCAAGAAGGUCGGUGAAGAUAUCGCGAAGGCCACUGGUGAUUGGGUACGUAUCGCAGCAGUACGGUUGCAUAUGGGGCUCCCCAUCUCUAACAGGCUAAACAGAAAGGUCUGCGUGUGACCGUCCGCCUCACCAUCAAGAACCGUCAAGCCGCCGUCUCCGUCGUCCCAUCUGCCUCCUCCCUCGUCAUCAAGGCCCUCAAGGAGCCCCCGCGAGACCGCAAGAAGGAGAAGAACAUCAAGCACACCAAGUCCAUCCCUCUUGACGAGAUCAUUGAGAUUGCUCGCAAGAUGCGCUUCAAGUCCAUGUCCAAGGACCUCAAGGGUACCGUCAAGGAGAUCCUCGGAACUGCUUUCUCCACCGGCUGCAAGGUCGACGGCCGUAGCCCCAAGGAUAUCUCUGACGACAUUGAAAACGGCGAGAUCGAGAUCCCUGAGGAGUAA